AACCGAUAUAUUUAGAGGUGUACACACGAGAGGAAUAGAUCCUUCCACAUAGACCAAUGAUUUUUAAUUUUUUAAUACCUAAUUAAUAGUUCAGUAAUUCAGUAUAAGUACUCAGUAAUUUAAAUAUUUUACAGUUUAAAAAUAAUUAGUUCAAUAUCCCUAAUCCUUCCACAAUGGGAAAAUUGUGUGUACACUCCACUGGAUGUAUUAUAGUUUAUUGUUACUAUAUAGUGUAAAUUAUAGCCGUAAAAAAUUCUGUAAUAAACAUGAUGUGGCGUUUAGGGGUAUGGAAGAGAAGGCAAUACUCGACAUUUCAGAUCUGCGUUGCACAGAGACGGAUCCCGGGGAUACCACUACGGUGCUCGACGGUCUUUUGGGAGCUGGACCGCACUACGAUUACGGCGAUGUGACCGGCUGCAACAGUCCUACGGAUCGAUGUGACGACAACGAUCAAUCAUCUGGAUCUCUGAGCACUGACCAAAAUUCCAAUAACAACAUCAAGAGGAAACAACGAAGAUACAGAACGACGUUUACGAAUUUUCAACUAGAAGAAUUAGAAAAUUCAUUUCAGAAAACACAUUACCCUGAUGUAUUUUUUCGCGAAGAACUGGCAAUGCGAAUUGAUUUGACUGAAGCUAGGGUGCAGGUAUGGUUUCAAAAUCGUAGAGCCAAAUGGCGGAAGCAGGAAAAAACUUUGGUUUCCCAGCAUCAGAAUCAAAAUGAACCAAUUAUAAGCCCUUGUUUAACAGAUAAUCCAUUAUUCGGAAACUCGUCUAGCCUUCUUCCUCAGCCAGAUUGGAACAGUCUAUGCUCUUAUAAUUCAUUUCAACCAUCAGCGACGUUCGAUAAGGAUCUACAAGCAAUUGACAUCGACAAUGAUUUACUUCGAUUCAAAACAAGAGAAUUACACGAAAACGAUAUGCUCAUGUCGCCACCUUCAUAGACAUUUAUUAAUCAUUUGUUAAGUAAAUUGUUAAUUAAAUA